CUUCGUCUGUGACAGCUGUGAUUUCUGAGAAAUGCGGCUGGGGAACACGUCUGAGGAUGAUUAAUGAACGCCUGGUUUCUAUGAAAAGAUGUAAAGUUUGACUGCUUUGAUAGCAAUAACUGAAUCUAUAACUAUUCAGUAAAUGAAGCAAAUAAAUAAAUAAUAAAAACUUACAUAAAGUAGCCUAUUUGUGCAGUCCAAAUUAUAAUUCCUUUCGGAAAUGAUAUAUUUGGUAUCGUAAUUAGUAUAUAGAGUGUAAAUAUUGGUAGGCCUGUUUUUUGAUGCCUUUAUAUUUCUUUGUGGUGCGUGUUCUCUCAGAGUCGCGUGCGCGCGCAGAUGUGGUUGAGGCGCGAGAGAUGAAGGGUGGAGUGAAAACACCUCAAAACACGCACAGACUCCGCCUGGACUCCAACAGCAUCUACAGACUUGAGCUGAACGAAACCAAACUGGAAUAACAACACUAAGCUCAAGUUUUCUACAUUCACUGGGGAUUUUGAGGACUUGUAUAAGGAUGAAGGUUUUUUUCAUGAUCAUUUUUACAAGCCAGCUCUUCACAUCUCAGGGGCAAGACUGUCAGAGUGGAGAGGAAGUGCUAAAUGCUCUUAAGCAGGUCCAAAAGCUGCUCUCUGCCCAUGAGACGUCCUUCCUGCAGAGUCUACGGAGCCUCCGGAAGAAACUCAGCCUUUUACAGAACAGCACAGUGAAACACAACAAAUCCACCCCAGACAAGAGCUCAGUGUCAGACUGUCCUCCACCUGAACCGCUGGCUAAUGGGCGGAUACUAGGGACUGUGUUUAAGUUUGGUCACGAGGUUCACUUCCUGUGCAGCUCGGGGUUUCAGCUGAUGGGGCCGGAAACCAGAGUCUGUCUGGACUCCCAGAACUGGAGUGGAGCUCAACCCUCCUGCAAGUUUGUGGACACCACUGUAAACAAUGAUGCAUCCGCCUCUAUAUCAGCAUCCUCUUCCUCACCGUCUCAUCCUCCUGCCUCCGUCUCCACCCAUGUGAGAGCGUCCCGCUGCAUUGAGUUUCUGGACUCCACCCACUGCACCUGUGACCAGGGCUACAGCAUCUCCAGCCACAACAGCACACUCUGCACAGACAUUGACGAAUGCGAGCUCUUCCGUCGAACUCGUCCUGGCCGUCUGUGUCUGCACACCUGUGUGAAUACGGCUGGAAGUUUCCACUGCGAGUGUCCCGCCGGUUACAGCCUGGGCCGUGAUAGCAGGAGCUGCUAUGACAUUGACGAGUGUGCGAGAGCGACCCAUAACUGCAGUAGUGAGCAGGUGUGUGUGAAUACAUUCGGAGGUCAUCGCUGUGUGGAUGUGGACUGCCCUCGCAUCCGUAACGCCACGUACAUCAAAACCUCGCCGCUGCGUUGUGACCGUAACCCUUGCAUCCAAGGAGACAACGCAUGUUUCCAGGCCCCGGUCUUCAUUAACUUCCACUUCAUGUCCGUGGUGUCCAAUAUGUCCACGCCCACCGUCCUCUUCCGGUUGUCCGCGGCUCGCAUCCUGGGCGACACGCUGCGCUUCAGCCUGCUGGGGACCCAGGGAGUCCAGCACUUCAGCGUCCAGCGCUCGGGCAGACUGACGGGGCAGCUGGUGCUGGAGAACUCUCUUCAGGGUCCCGCCACAGUAGAGGUCGAUAUAGAAAUGAGCGAGAUGGAAAGAAGGGUGCUGCUCGGGCGAUACGUCACGAAACUCACUCUCUUUGUGUCACCGUAUAACUUCUGAGAAGCAGGAGACAGACGAUGGACUGAUAUUGGGAAAUCGUUUACAGACGAGAUAUUGGGGAAUGGGUCUGUGGAGGCGAGAUAGGAGCGCUAUUAUACUAUUUCUGAGGUGCCAAUUUAUGAGGACAAAA